AUGACUACAUUUCAACCCACAAUGGAUUUAUCAUUCUCAAGUGCAGCUUAUAUACAACCACAGACUCUGAUGUUCUCAGAUAAUGGAAAUUUAGAGGAAGAAAUUCAAAAUAAAAUUAAUAUAGCAAGGCAAGAAACUAAAAAUCUUUAUAUUCAAAUUGACAAAGUGAAAUUGAGAGUUCAAGAUGCAAAUCUUUUCCAAAUGGCGAACACAAUAGAACCUUUAAAUAAAAGUAAAAUAAACUUGAAACCAACGAUAGUGUUAAAAGGUCAUAACAAUAAAAUUGCAGAUUUUAGAUGGUCAAGAAAUUCUAAAAACAUUUUAAGUGCAAGUCAAGACGGUUUUAUGCUUAUAUGGGAUAGUGCAACUGGUAUGAAGCAAAAUGCCAUCCCUCUGGAUUCCCAAUGGGUACUUUCUUGUGCCAUGUCUCCAAAUGGAAAUCUGGUCGCAAGUGCAGGCCUUAACAAUAAUUGUACUGUUUACAAAGUCUCCAAAGAAAAUAGAGUACAACAAAAUAUCACUUCCAUAUUCAAAGGUCAUACAUGUUACAUUUCAGAUAUUGAUUUCCUUGACAAUACUCAGGUACUAACAGCUAGUGGUGACAUGACUUGUGCAUUGUGGGAUAUUCCAAAGGCAAAACGAGUUACCGAGUAUACAGACCAUUUGGGUGACGUUUUGGCGUUGGCACUUCCCACAAACAAAAAUAAUAACAACGAUGAAAAUAUUUUUGCAAGUUGCGGGUCUGAUGGAUAUACUUAUAUCUGGGAUAUAAGGACCCCUGGUUCAGUUCAAAAUUUUUUCGUCAGUAAUAGAGAUGUUAAUACUCUUCAAUUUUUCAAGGAUGGGAAUUCUAUCGCUACUGGUAGCGACGAUGGCAUGGUUAAUUUAUACGACUUACGUUCUGAUUGUCCAAUUGCAAAUUAUUCAUUAUCCACUAGUCUUCAUAGCCAACAGUACGAUCAACCAACUUAUUCUGAGGCCAAAAUGGUUUAUAGUAGGCAUUCUCCACAAUCAGCUACGGCGACAGCAGUAAGUUCGAGCUAUUUAGAUAAUCAAGGUGUCGUUUCAAUAGACUUCAGUAAUUCGGGUAGAUUGAUGUAUGCAUGCUAUACAGAUUCCGGAUGUGUGGUUUGGGAUACUCUGAAAGCGGAAAUUGUUGGUAAAUUAGAAGGUCAUAGUAACAGAGUCUCAAGAGUCAAGACAAGUCCAGAUGGAUUAGCUGUUUGUACAGGUUCGUGGGAUUCCACAAUGAAAAUUUGGUCCCCUGCAUAUAUGUAA